AUGGAGACAAGCCAUUCUUCAUUACCAGUUGAAAUAGGAGCUUCACUUCAAACACUGGGGCUUCGCGAUACUCAGGACGAUCCCCCCUGCCCUCAGUUGAUAGGGGAGGCUUUUGCUACUAUUAACAAUCAUAAGGAGGGAAAUACUCAUUUAAUUGGAGCUCAGUCAGCUGUAAAAGUUCUGUUAAGCACCGGGGAUGUGAUCAUCGAAUACGUUCCCCCAGACAGCUCUCCUCCUGAUUCUCCUGAAAACUCUAGCCACCGUUGGCAGGUCUUAAGUGAUGAUCUUAUGAGGAGCAGUCCCUACUUUCGGGCCUUGCUUGACCCUAAUAAAUUCUCUGAGGGCAGGGAUUUCAGCCAACAGAAGGCCAAGUGGAGCCAGGGUACCACUGCUAAGGGCGGAGAAUCUUUAUCUGAUGAUAUUUCGAUCCGGUAUAACUUGCCAACAGUCAGGUUGCCGGUGGAUCAUCUCCCACAAAAGCUUGGGGCAGACACUAUUGAACUGUUCCUCCGAGUGUUAUCGUUCAACUCAUUUGAUGAGGAGGAGAAAGCUAAGUUCGACGGGGAGCUCAGAAUUCAGCCUGCCUCAUUAGUUGGUAGGUUGGUAGAGCUAGCUGAUGCCUUCAACUCUCCUCAUGUCAUCUGGGAAGCUCUGAAAAGGUCCAGGUAUGCUUUUGGGAAAGGAAGAGCUCCCCUGUUGAGAUUUGAUUCCUCGGUACUGAAACUGAGUGAGGACCGAAUUCGGCAAACGAUCUUCAUAGCGAGGUUUCUUAAUGAGUAUACCAUUUUCCAAAUAUGGACGCAUGCGCUGAUCCUCACUGGGUCAAAGUUUUGGGUAAAUGGGGUGGAACCACCUACUUCAGCUACCGUCCGCUGGCGGUAUCUUUCCGAUGGUUUAGAAGAGGAAUUAUACUAUAGACGACAAUGCGUUUUAAAUACCAUUACAGAUCUCCAAGCGUACUUUCUCCGCGCUUUUGGCGCAUUGGAGGAACCAGAAGGCCCUAAAUCAACAAGUGCAUCGGUCGCAGUAACUGCAGUCCAAUCUCGACAGUAUCAAUGUCGGUGUGGAUUUGGUAAUUCCAGUGCCUGUGACGCUUUUCAUCUGGGUCAAAUGACCCGCUUUUUUACUCUACGCACGAAGACAAUAUUCUUAGGAUCUACCCUAAUAGAUCCGGAUUUUGGCUUAGACUCUGAAGACGAGGAUACAGCAGAACGUUCCCAACCAUCUGGGCCACCAAGCGACGUAACUUCAAUCAUCGCCUCGCUCAAACAGUGUCCUGAUUAUCAAAUCGACACGAAUCACAAUGGUUGUGGCGUGCGACGCCGAUUUCUUCCGCCUUUGGAUUGUAUAGAGCGGUUUGUGGGCGACGGUAGAGGCUUACUAGGCAUUGAGUUACAAGACUGGGAUAACAAUAAUUGGCCAUCUUCGUCCGGCUCGUGGGCAAACCGGUCACUUCGAAGAGCCCGUGUCAUCGAUAUCCAUCUGUCCAGGAUCAGUUCUGUGCCAGUCAUGUCCUCGGGCUUAUCACGAUCCUCUCCCCAGGAAGAAAAUGCUCGUUUACUUUUUACAGCGAAGAAAAGGAACUGGGAAGCUUGA